AUGGAUCGUCCACGUCGUUCAGCUCGAGCACCUCAGCAGGGCAACAGGCUCAUCUCAGCCUCUUCGACCAGCAGUCCAGCUCCGACCGCACCUUCGACUGCUGCCUCUCCUUCUCGUCCCUCUCCACGGGUAGGAGCACGGGGCUUAACAGAUGCUCCAACCAGUCGAUCGCCCGACGAAUUUCGACGCGCCAGAAGGGUAGCGGGAAGAUCAGGCUCCGGAUCAGCCAAUGACUCGAACUCAGUUUCCCCUUCUGCUUCCCUCUCUCCUGAAAUGUCCAGACUCCCCCCCGGUCUAGCUACCGACUACUCCAACGCACACGAUCCCGCCAAUAUCUCCCAGUAUGAACAGCAACGCGCAGACCCGCAGCAAUCGCAGUCGCAGUCGCAAUUGCACGCGCCAGCGCCGGCUCAGACCUACGCGACAAGUGCGAAAGCAGCUUCUGUUGUUCGAGGACUUGACAGCAAUCCCUACAUCUCCCGAGCCUCGCAACUCCUCUCCAAGGGACAAAGAUCCAUCCUUCCUCCCAACGGGGUCGCAGCAUACGCACCGCUCCCUCGCGCAAGCACCACUUACAAUUCUGUGCAAGUCGGCGGCAACGUCUCUGUGGUCCGAGGUCAAGCUCUUGGUGGGACUUUUCCUGCUAGGAUGGCGAUUGGGACGAGCGGACUGAUGAGGCCUUUGUCUGCGGCCGAGAUGGAAGGUGCGGCGGGUGAUGAGAGAGUAGGCGGUGGCGGCGGCGGCGGAGGAGGAGGCGGCGGAGGUGCGGGUGGUGCUGGUAUGUCCUCUUACGGAUAUGGCUCCGGAGUGACGGGAGCCAGAUCCAGCGGAAGAGCUUCUACGCGCGCCAGACCGACUUACUACGAUGCUCCAUCCAGCGAUUUUGAUGAUGAGGAUAGCGAUGAGGAGACCCAGCAUCAAUCAAGAGGAACGAGAGCGAGGGGAAAGAAUAAAGAGGUGGAGCAGCAGCAAGUGGAGGAGGAUGAGGAGGAAGAAGAACAGGAAGGCGAAUGGCUAGGUGUACCCCCUCCCGCUAGCAAGCUGUGGGCUACGCCUGCGCGCAAGCGAAUGUUGCCCUACUUCCACGAGACGGAUGUGGCGCGCCUAACUCGAGAGAGGGAACAGCUCAUCCCGAUCACUUUGGAAGCUCAAACCUCGACUCAUCGCAUCAACGAUGUGAUCCUGUGGAACCUCAAGGAGAGGCUUCUCAGACCCGAAAUCUUCGUGGCUGGGUUCCUGCACGAUCUCGGUCUGGAUCCGGUGCCUGGAACACCUAAUGAGUUUGAAAAUAGUGAGCUGGGUCGAGCGCUGGUCGAGAGCAUCAAGAGGCAAUUGGGGCAAGCUGAAGUCACACAUGGAGGAGCGGUGUGGGAUGAAGAUGCGGACGAGAAGUGGGACGAUGGAUUGGAGGAUGUGUUUCAAGCAGGUGGCGCCCAUUUGGAAGAGCACCGCACGCCGCAAGUUGGAGUUGAAGUUGUCGAUGAAGAUGAGGAUGAAGAUGAGCUGGGUGAGGUUGCUCGCAAGCGAAGAAAAAAGGCUGCGCUCGCCGAUCUACCCGAGAGCGAGUUACAAGAGGAUGAUAUGAGGGUGAUUGUGGAGUACGAAGUGCCGAUCCUGUCUUCGUACCUUCAGGACAGGCUAGAGUGGGACCUUCGUUCAUCACUCACGCCCGAAGUCUUUGCUUCUCGCUUGGCCAAAGAUCUUGGUCUGACGGGAGAAGCUCUUCCGCUCAUCAGCGCUAGUAUCAGGGAACAGCUGUUGAAUCAUCGACGCGCAGCGUUGGAUCUGGACCUGCCGGGAAGCGGCAAGAGGUGGGCAUUUGCACAGAAGCUGUUGGGCAUCGCCAAGGGAAUGGAGUCGGGAAGCGCAGAGGCGAAAGAGGAGCUCGCUCGGAUCAUCAGGGAGAACGCCGAGCCUGAAGAGCAUGAGAGCAGGGGGAUUGCCGAUGGCGCGACUCGUGGGCAAGGCGAGGAUACGCCUGAUGAGCGACGCCCUGCCGCUUCUCGCGACCGCAAUCCCAAUGCUCUCUCUAGUCAGACGACGGCUAGUAGUACGCCACUACGACUGGACAGCGCUCAAAUGGACGGUACUUCCACUCCCGCCGAGCUGGCGCUUCCCAGGGCGUCGGAUCUGCGCGAACAAGCAGAAAGACAGCUUUCGGAUGUGACGGUUAGGGGACCUAGGAGGUUGGAAGGCGUAUGGAGAGAUUGGGGCCAGAAUUUUGGUCCGAUCUUGGAGAAGCUGGACAGUGAGGAACGAAGGCUUAGGGAGCUGGAGAGGGGAAGCGGCAGGUGA